AUGUUUCUUUCCGUGUUCGCGACGCUUGCCGCUGGGGCCUUUGCCGUGGCUCCCGGCACCUCUAGCUUGCAGAACAUCUUGAAAAAUACCCACGCGAGCUAUGACUAUGGAUACCCAACGGAUAUUACGAGGGAUAUCAUACCGAUUCCCGUGCAUUCCCACAAGUACGCGACCCUGGACCUCGCACCUCAAAAUGAUCAAUGGAUCCCCUUUCCUGACUACUGGAGGGAUAGGCCUUUUUAUACCGGCCUGUCAAAGGGUUGUACAUCCACCGAGGCGGAUGUCUGGCUAUACAACGGCACUCUCUAUGUCUGUGUCUACGUGCCUUCUCCUGGAUAUGCGAAAUCGCUAAUUCUUGUUCAGGUCGGCCAUGACGAGUCAUCGCUCACGUACGAACGCACAUUAGAAAACCUCUACAUCAAUCCGAUCCUGGAUGUACUGGAGCGCCAAAAUCCCGACAGUCCAUUCCUGACAAGCCCAACAAAGAAUGGCGUCUGGGACACCGAUACUGCUCAAACACUCUACUUCUUCAUUGAUGUGAAAACUUCCGGCCACGAAACAUUCGAAGCUGUCAUCAAAGCCCUAGAGCCCCUGCGUCAGAAAGGCUACCUAACCACACUCAAGGGCGGUAAAACGGUGGAGAACGGACCAGUGACCAUUAUUGGGACAGGCGAUACCCCCCUCGACAUGGUGCUGCCGGUCAAGGACCGGGAUUAUUUCUUCGAUGCGCCUCUUGACGCGUUGGCGGAUUCCAAGUACCACAAGCUCGAUCACAGAGUUUCCCCCAUUGCCUCGACUAAUUUUGUCAAGGCCGUCGGUCAGGUUAACAUCGAUACUGAACCCGUUCUUCGAGAUGAGCAGCUCAAGGCACUACGCUCUCAGAUUUCUCUGGCGAAGGAGCGUGGAAUCGGUGCGAGAUACUGGAAUACGCCCAACUGGCCGGUUCGUCAGCGUAACCUUGUAUGGAGGACUCUUUUACAGGAAGGGGUUGGGCUGCUAAAUGCUGAUGAUCUGGAUGCGGUGGCUUCUUUCUUCUGA